CUGCCUGCUUCAAAGCCAUAUUUUUCCAUAUAUAAAGUUGCUGUCUUGGAAUCCUCCUUCAGCACUAUCGAAACACUUUCUUGCAUCGGUGUCAACUUUAAACCAAAGAGAAAGAGAGGCUAGAGUUCAAUCUCCAGCAUCUCCUCAAAACAAAUUAUACCAUGAUGGAAAAGCAAUCCAUCGCACAAUCUAUGGCAUCAGCAAAGGCUCCCUCGCAUGAGCAGCAAGGGAACUCUUUGCUGCAAAAUGACGGAGAGAAGGACGAGGCGAAUCGCAAAAAGACAGGCACUACCAGGAAGCGAACCAAGACCGGCUGUCUCACUUGUCGUAGGAGGCGAAUUAAAUGCGACGAAGGCAGGCCAGUUUGCAACAACUGCAUCAAGUCCAGACGCGAUUGCGAAGGGUAUAGUCAAAGAGUCAUAUUUAAGGAACCUCUUGGCUCUUUUUCGUCCCCUUUCAGCCAAGGCAUUUAUUCCUCUGGUCCAUCGGGCAUCGCAGGUGAUCCGCUGUCCACGCAUCCCGGCAGGCAGCCAUCAAGGGGGCUAUUUCCGGCUAUUGCGCCGAGACCUCCUUCAUUUGAUCAUCAUCAACACGUCGUGCCUCUUCAAUCGGCUGUAGCACCAUACCAGCAUCCAUUUCAUCAAGGGACAUUGUUACAAAACGCACCAGGCUACAAUAUGGGUCCAAAUCAAUAUUUUCAGGCUCCAUAUAGCGCACAGUUCCCUAACCCACUGCUUGCAACGGAAGCCAAUGGAGGACCUGGCUACUUUGCCACUGCUCCUUCCGAGGCCCUUUUUUUCCCUGUCCCAGAUAGAGCUACAACUCAUGACGCGAUUUCCAAUUUCGGCAGUUUAAAUGGUGAUAAUGGGCUCAGUGCCUACCCAGGCGCCGCUAUUCCCCAGCCCCUGAAUAACCAGUGGGAACAUGAUAUGUUGGAUGAUGAAGCCUCUAUACCAGAUUCUGAUGACGAUAUGCCGGAUAUUAGAAGAAAUAUGCCACCCAUAAAGAACAUGGUAUCAGAGCGCUGGACUUUGAAUGCUGAAGACGCCAGCAUCUUUUCAGCCCUUGCCCAGAAUGAUGAUGUAUUGGCGUACAUGGAAACCCCCUAUUCUGCUGAAUACUGGGCUAGUGGCCUAAACAUGGUCUUCACGCACUUUAUCAAUGUCACUGGGCCUGGAAUCUCAAUUUUUGAAGGAAACAUAUCUUGUGCGUCAGAGAGAGGUAAAAGCAGGACAGCAGCAGGAUCUGGACAGAGUUUGUGGAGCUACGCCGUUCCAACCCUGGCACUCCAGCAUCUAGGGCUUUUUCAUGCUAUGCUCGCGUUGGCAAGUCUCCAGCUAGCCAAACUUCGAGACAGCCCUCCGACAGCAGCACUGAAGCAUUACCAUUGCGCUAUUCGCCGUGUAGCCAAGAGUGUAAAGUCGCCGUCUAAGAGAACUCAGCCGGCAACCCUUGCCGCCACUCUCUUGCUGGGAUACUUUGAAGUUUGGUCGUCUGAUCAUACCAAGUGGUGCAAUCAUCUAUUCGGUGCUAGGAUUUUGUUCCGCGAGAUGUCCUUAGGGGACAUGACUCGAUUAUGCUUCCCCGUAAAGCGUAUGCGCCAAGGCCAAGAAGCCACUGGAUAUCAACUGGGCCACAUAAGCUCCCAAUUUUAUGGCUCUCAUCAGCAGCCAGUAUCACCACAGGGUGGACUCAAUUCUCUGGAUUACGACUUUAUACAUGCUAUAACAGGACUCACCGUAACUCCUGAAGAUUACGGCGAAGGAGAGAGACAGCCUUCGGACAAAAGGAAUGCUCCAGCAACCGAUGAAGAGAUUGAAAAAUAUGACAUUAUUUGCGAUCUCUUCUGGUGGUACUGUAAAAUGGACGUAUAUCAAAGCAUACUAGGGGGCACUAAGUUAUUUAUGGAAUAUGAAUGCUGGACACAGAUUCCUCCAAGAGCCCCCUUCUCAACAUAUUCUGCGGCGUAUGGAACAUAUGAUCAUUUGAUCUUGUUGCUCGGGCGGCUUUCAGACUUUGUUUCGAAAGAUUUAUUUCGGAAGCAGAAAGCCAUAGAGGCUCAAGGUGGCGGAGCGGGAGCUGGAUCCCCAACUAUGUUUCCGGGCAUGUUUCCAACCUUUGGUAAAGUACAAGCGCCCAUGGGCUUUAGUCCUCCGCGAGACGACACACCACAGAGCGAUUCCCAAGACGAUAUUGAUCCCGAAGCAAGCUACGAAGCUGCGCUCCAGGAGUGGAAUAGCAUUUAUCGCUCGUUUGAGAUUUUCAAGAGUCAUCUUGGCCCCGGAUUUCAGCCUAUCAAUGACGAAUUCGGUGAUAAAAAAGGAACAAGGACGCCUUUUGGCAAUGCCAUUUACUUCAAGACAUAUUCCAUCGCCGGCAUCUGGAUGAAUUAUUACAUGGGAUUCAUCCAUCUGUAUCGAAGCCACCCCUCGAUGCCUCCAGUGGCAAUGAGGGCAGCAGGGCUAAUGGCAAAGCAGACGGCGGGAUUUGCCCUCAAGAUUGGACAAAUUGCCUUUGGACUUGCAGCAGAUUGUUCUGAGUAUGCAGAGAUAAACACCUAUCUUGGUGCUGCUCUUAUUGAGAGCUCUUUUUGUGUCUUUGUUGCAGGGAUACAAUAUAAAGAAACAGCGCAGAGAGAAUGGGUUAUCCAGAGAAUGCAUGACAUCGCGCGCCUCACAGGAUGGCAGUCCGCCAUGCAAAUUGCCUGUGGAUGUGAAUCUGCAUGGAUCAAAGCAAGCACAAUGGGUGGGCCAGAAUAUUCGCGACCAACAAUUAUCAAUGAUUUCCCAUCUUCCAUAUGGAAAAACCCUCGCCGAAUUGAUAAGAAAAUCGACGAAUUAGAGUCAAACGAUGAACGGCGGUUAGUACUGGCCAAGGCUGAAAGAACACAUUACGCAAUCGGGAUACUAGCAAUCGAAACAGAACUCGCGAGACUCGAAUUACGAGACGAUUUAAACUAACGACCGGUAUAGAAUGCGUGAUGUUGUAGAGAGACAGGCAGAUUAUACAGGGAGAAGGGGAGAAGAAGAAGAGCAUGAAAGGAAAGAAAGAAGGAAGGGGAAAAAGGCUCAAGUAAUCGAUUGGCAGACAUGUAAGCUCACAGUCACAGG